GCAGCCACAGAAAGAUCUAUCCUUUUUUCUUCAUUCCACUUCCACUUUUCCGAUAUAGAAAACGAUCUCCGGAGCAGGCGUUUGAUCGCGCUUCUGUCCCUCCUGCCUGCCGUUUCAAACGCUUCACCUCACAACACUCUCAUCAGACGCAGGAAACGCACACACUUCCAGGAUGGCAACCAUCACCUGCACGCGCUUUACAGAGGAAUACCAGCUGUUUGAGGAACUGGGAAAGGGAGCCUUUUCUGUGGUGCGGAGAUGUGUGAAAGUUCUCUCAGGACAAGAGUAUGCUGCUAAGAUCAUCAACACAAAGAAGCUGUCUACUCGGGAUCACCAGAAGCUGGACAGGGAGGCUAGGAUCUGCAGACUGCUGAAGCACUCCAAUAUUGUGCGGCUGCAUGACAGCAUCUCAGAGGAAGGUCACCAUUACCUCAUCCUUGACUUAGUAACGGGUGGUGAGCUGUUUGAAGACAUUGUUGCCAGGGAAUAUUACAGCGAAGCAGAUGCCAGCCAUUGCAUCCAGCAGAUUUUGGAGGCAGUACUUCAUUGCCAUCAGAUGGGCGUCGUGCACAGAGACUUAAAGCCAGAGAACCUGCUUCUGGCUUCGAAAUCCAAAGGUGCAGCUGUGAAGUUAGCAGACUUUGGCCUUGCCAUUGAGGUUGAAGGGGACCAACAGGCUUGGUUUGGGUUUGCUGGCACUCCUGGUUACCUGUCCCCUGAAGUCUUACGGAAAGACCCUUAUGGAAAAGCUGUAGACCUGUGGGCAUGUGGUGUGAUUCUCUACAUCCUGCUGGUUGGAUACCCACCCUUUUGGGAUGAAGACCAGCAUAGACUCUAUCAGCAAAUUAAAGCUGGUGCCUAUGAUUUUCCUUCACCUGAGUGGGACACAGUCACCCCUGAGGCGAAAGAUCUUAUUAAUAAGAUGCUGACCAUCAACCCAUCUAAACGCAUCACUGCUGCGGAGGUACUCAAGCACCCAUGGAUCUCACAUCGCUCCACUGUUGCAUCUUGCAUGCACAGACAGGAGACUGUUGAAUGCUUGAAGAAGUUCAAUGCUAGAAGAAAGCUCAAGGGUGCUAUUCUCACUACUAUGCUGGUCACCAGAAACUUCUCAGGAGGAAAGAGUGGGGUCAGCAAGAAGACAGAUGGUGUGAAGAAAAGGAAGUCCAGUUCCAGCACCCAGCUGAUGGAAUCAUCAGAGAGUACCAACACCACAAUUGAGGAUGAGGAUACUAGAGCGAGGAAGCAAGAAAUCAUCAAAGUAACUGAGCAACUCAUUGAGGCCAUCAGCAAUGGAGAUUUUGAGAAUUACACGAAGAUGUGUGAUCCCAGCGUUUCAGCGUUUGAGCCUGAGGCCCUGGGAAACCUGGUAGAAGGGCUGGAUUUCCAUCGCUUCUACUUUGACAACCUGUGGUCAAAGAACAGCAAGCCAGUUCACACCACCAUCCUGAACCCUCAUAUCCACCUGAUCGGCGAGGAGGCCGCCUGCAUUGCCUACAUUCGUAUCACGCAGUAUCUCGACACAAACGGAAUGCCAUGCACUGCCCAGUCAGAGGAGACACGGAUCUGGCAUCGUAAAGACGGCAAGUGGCAGAUAGUCCACUUCCAUCGCUCAGGCUCUCCGUCUGCCAUCACUAAAUAAGAGAGUCAGUUGAAAAUACCAGAGUUGCAGGAUCACUGGCUUGAGGAUGUACAAGCUCCCGGCUUCUCAUCUCAUUCCUUGAACUUCAUUGGCCCUCUGCUUUACGGUGUCAUCACAUUCACAUUAGCAUUUAUUCUCAUUGCUCAGAACACUUCUUUAUGGAUAAACUAUGAUGAAGCCACUUUGCUGUUGCAACCCUGCUGUAUGGAAUGUUUUUUUUUUUAGUAUCUUGGUUAUGUUUACAAAAUUAGCCACCAUGUUUUUAACCAUAAGUGCUACAUUUGCAGAUAUUUGACACAAAUUAGAUAUUCGGGACAACUACUACAUUCCAAAAGAGAUCCUGUUUCCUGUGUUUUAUAAAAACGACACGGAUACCUAGAUAUAUUUUUUUUCAACGGUUAGACAUUUCCAGCUCACUCUAGCGCCUGUAAUGAACUCGAAUGUAAUCUGAUUGAAAUGGAUCUCUGUGUUAUUUUAAUGUCUACCCCUAAACAGAAGUACUUGUUUAUAUAUUUGAAAUAAAGUGACAACUGGAGAAUUGCUAGGUACGAAUACAGUAAUGACGUUUCCUGUGAAUGUCACUGGACAGAUAUCAGCACAACUUGUCCUCCACUGCCCGAUUUCCAGACAAUCGCCAUUGAGCAGUUUCUACCGAGUUUAGUAAAGCGCAUUGAACAACAGUGAAUUUCAGCAUACUCUUAGCCCUUGAAAUCAAAGCUACAUCGAUGACCCACUCAACGAACAGUUGCUUAAAGUUAAAGCUGGUGCUGAUGGUGGCAUUAUCAAGAGCUGCAGUGGAAGAGUAAAUGCAUGCGAGAGCUUGAUAUUUCUUUCUGCCGUACAGGGUUUUCAGAUCCGGGUCUGGUGUGGUGUGCUCAGAGCACUUUGAUAAAGUUCUUCCAGUAGGGCUGGUAUAUUUGUUCUUCCUUUUGUAUUUAGGAUUCAGGGAUUUUUUCAUUUUAUUACAAAAGGAAGUCUCUUGAAACAGCUCUU